AUUCAAAUCUGUCAUGUUUUCUUUCCUCUUCCUCAGCAGUCGAGGGGCGACAAAGGUGACGGACUUCCAGUGAAACGUAAAUCCUCGACCCUUCUGGACGCCCGCAUGGCAAAGAUCUACAGAGGUCAGAGACACAACCGAGACGGAGACGAUUCAGGCAGCGAUGACGAUGAUGAAGCCUCUCAAAGACGAAAGAUUGCGCUCCAGGCUCGAGGGGGGGGCCACUCCUCCAGACGGGGCUUCGUCACAAACAGGAGGGGCCUGAUGAGAGGAGGCUCCGCCCAGAGAGGAAGCAGCAGAGGCGGUCUCGUCGGGUCCGGCUCCUCCAUGCUCAAGCUGAAGCGAGGGGUGGGCGCGAAGGAGAGUGGGCGUCGGGGACGAGGGGUGAGGCUGCGGGGAGGCUCCCGGAUGCAGCGCAGAGGAGACGAGUCGGACGAGUCGGACGACGACGACGAUGAUGACGACGAGGACGACGAGGAAGACGAUGACGAGGAGGAGGACAGCGAAGACGGCGGCAGGGACCAGCGGCACCGCCGCCACAGGAGGAGGCGCAGGGCCGACGACGACAACGAGGACAGCGAAGGCCAAGAGUUUGACCCCGAGGAGGACGAGAUGGACAUGCUGGAGGACGAAGAGGAGGACGAGGAGGAGGAGGAGGAGGAGGCGGAAGACGACGGACGCUGGGACUCGGACCCUGAACCCCCGGUCCUCCUGAUGUCUGACCCCAACGAUGACCUGCUGAGUGGCUCUUAUCUGACUGUCACCCUACAGCGCCCCCACAAGGCCAAGAGACAAUCUGGCUCCAUCGUUCCAAAGCUGGAAGCGGCCAUGGGUGUGAGGACGGCGUCAGUGAGCUCCGGUGGUCAGAGCUUCGUCCAGAGAAAGACGACGCUGUCCAAGGCUUCGCGGCUGAGGAACGCCGACACGGCGGCGGACAGCGUCACGCCGCGAGGCCCCGGCAGGCCUCGUAUGCGCGGUAACCACAGAGACAGAGGGACCAGAGACUGCUCGGCAUCGUCCUCUGAGGAACGGGAGGGAGCGUCCCCUCCGAUGCCGUCCUCCCUGCUGUCUGUGCUGUCCUUCAAGGAGGACGAGAAAGGAGGGGAGAAGGAGGUGUGGGUGUCUGUGUUCAGGUACCUCAGCCGGGCAGAGCUGCUGGCCUGCAUGACCGUCUGCAAGGCCUGGUACAAGUGGAGCUGUGACAAGCGUCUGUGGAGCCACUUGGACGUGAGCCGGUGCAGCCCGCUCAGUAAUCAGGCUCUGGCAGGGAUCGUCAAACGCCAGCCCGUCUCUCUGGACCUGUCCUGGACUCCACUGGCCAAGAGACAGCUCAACUGCCUGCUCACCAGGCUGCCAGGUCUGCGUGAGCUGAGGGUGACUGGUCUGUCCUGGUCUUGUCUGUCGGCGCUGGUCUCUCCCACGCUGCCCUGCCUGCGGCUGCUGGACCUGCGCUGGUGCGACGGCCUCGACGACACUCAGAUCAAAGAGAUGGUCUCUCCCCCGGGUGCAGAGUCGUCGCGCAGCAGACUGAGGAACAUGCAGACGCUGCGUCUGUCCGGCCUGGACGUCAGCGACUCCACCCUGCGGCUGCUGCAGCGUCACAUGCCUCAGCUGGAGACGCUGGACCUCGCUCACUGCAGGAACGUCACAGACUCGUCCAUCGCUCUGCUGGCAGCUGCCGGGACUCACACCCGCAACCACCUCACCGAGCUCACGCUGGCAGGUUGCAGUGAGUUGACAGACGCCUGUCUGUCCUACCUGAAGCGUCUCUCCUCUCUGACUCUGCUCGACCUCAGAGGCUGCAAGAGCGUCAGCAGACGAGCGUGCGACGCCUUCAUCUCGGACCUGUCGCACGUCGCCCUCUACUGUAUGAUGGAGGAGAAGCUCAUCCAGCGCCUGGACUGAGAACAUUCAUUCAUUCACUCACUCACCUUGUUUCACAGCCUCUCCUGUCGUGAACCCUGAGACAUAAAAUGUCUCCUCCGUCAUUGUCUUCAGGUGCAGAGCUGUGGUGUGAACCUGAGCCGACACUCAAACACAGUGUCAGGAUGUUAUUUUUUAAAAAUCCACAAUCACUGACUGAACAGAUCAUGUGACUCCUCCCUCGUGUGCAGGAUUAUUUUUCAGAGAUCUAUUUUUGUUGCCGAGUCAAAAAUAAUAAUGUGUGACAUCAGUAAAGUCCGUGUAUAUAUUCUUUCUUUCAGUCAUAAUAUUGACAUUUGUACUUUUUGUGACAGUGUGAUAAUAAAAAAAAAAGGUUCAUCCUCUCA